UGGUCGGACGUGGGCGGGCUGCCGCAUCUGGUCGAGCGACUCACACGCGCCGUCACGCGGCCGCUCGAGCACCCCGAGGCCCUCGCCCGGCUGGGCCUCACGCCGGCGCGCGGCGUGUUGCUGCACGGCCCGCCCGGCUGCUCGAAGACGACCAUCGUGCGGGCCGUCGCCGGGACCACACGCGCCUCCUUCCACUACCUCUCCGGCGCGGAGAUCUACUCGCCGUUCGUGGGCGAGGCGGAGCGCGCGAUCCGCGCCUUCUUCGACCUGGGCCGCGCCACGGCGCCCUCCCUCCUCUUCCUGGACGAGAUCGACGCGCUCGUGGGCAAGCGCGACGGGGCGGGCGGCGGCGGGGGCGACUCUGUGCAGCUGCGCGUGCUGUCGACGCUGCUCAACGAGAUGGACGGUGUCGAGCCGCUCAAUCAGGUGGUGCUGCUGGGCGCCACUAACCGGCUCGACAUGCUCGACGCUGCGCUCCUGCGCCCGGGCCGCUUCGACGAGGCAACAGUGCAGCGACGGCGCCGGGUGCUGGCGGUGCACACGCGGUCGGUGCCGCUCUCGUCCGACGUGCGGCUCGACGCAGUCGCCGACGCGGCCGCGGGGUGGACGGGCGCUGAGUUGGCGGACCUCUGCCGCGAGGCGGCCAUGUUUGCGUUGCGGGAGGACCUACAGGCCGGUAGAGUGGCGGCGCGCCACUUUGACGCCGCUUUCCUCCAGGCGCAGGGCCGGCAGGCGCGGGGCCGAAGACACCAUCAGUGA